AUGAAGUUUCACUUUCUCUUGUUUGCCACAGCUGCUUUCCAACUGGAAAGCGGGUGCGCCUUUGUCACAACGCCAUCUAGGAAUUCACCUUCCUUUUCUACCACUGAACUGGCGGGAAAAACCCGGAAAGCACGACGCAUGCAAAAGGUUGAGAAGCAAAAUAGGUUGAUCGAUGCCAUUGAUGAUGCCAAUGGAAAGGAAACAAAAAAGAAAAAGAAGCAGAGAUCGUCUGGAGGCCCUCCUGACGAUGAUGAUGAGGAAGAAGACAGCGCAGCUGCUGCUAGAGCCCAGAUGGAAAACCGCCCUGAGUUGUCCACCAUGAUUGUUGACGAAGAGACCGGAUUUGAACUUAUUCAACAAGGAAAGAAUGUGCUAGAUGUCGUUACCCGAAAGGCGGUCAAGCUGAGUGAUAAGGGCCCCGAAUACCGCUUGGCACAAAUGUUCCCAGGAGUCCCCCCUGAAAUUCGCGAAAAGCAUCGGUUGGACUGGAAUACUGUGGAAGUUCCCGAAAUGGUUGAAAAGCUUCGCGCUGCUUGCUCCGUCAAACUGGAGGAUGGAAGCACCGGAAUGCCACCAUUUCCAUCUAUUUCCAAUGAAGGCUUGGACUUUGUUCUUGCCAAUCGCGAUCUUUUGGGACGUAGAAUGAAGAAAACCCUGGGACGUCUUACUAUGAGAACUGCUUGGCUGGAGGAUGGUGACAAGGAAACUAAGGAAAUGAAUGCGUUUUGGAUGAACUUCAUGACUCUCGAGAAUCACAUUUCUGCUCCCUUCCGACAGAUCAUCCAAGACGCAGAAGGCCGAGUUGGACCCAACUUUGGUAAUCUUGAGCUCGCAAAGUACUGUGACGGUGACUUGUACGAAAGAAUCGGAAAUUACAUUGUUCUCAAGGGAAUGGUGGCACACUGGGAGAAAAAAGUUGUUGAUGCCGAUUAUAUCGAAAAGAAUCCGCAAACAGAAAAGAACCGCGUCAGUAUUCUGGCCGUAGGUGACCCUAAGAGAUACUUGCCAGAGCCACCCAUUCUUUUCACGUUGAAGGAGUGCACGCAAGUAUGUGCAAUGGCCCAGCAAAUGUGCCAGCUCUUCGUCGAGUCAGAUGAUCUCUUCGGCGACUUCCCUCCAGAAAUUACCUUCUUGGAAGACGCUCUUAAGAUCAAGGGAGGAACAGCCCUCCGAAAAUACAUGAUUGAUGACUUCUGCCCAAAGCGGGGAAUCACACCAGAAGCAUUGAGAGAGGGAAUGAGACGAUUAUUUCAGCAGCUUGAUAACAUGCAGAAAGAUCCUUAUGCUGAUUUGACGAACAAGGUCGAAUCUUUGUUUCGUGCCAUGGCGGUUGGAACAGACGAUGAAAGAAAUCCUUAUGAGCCAUACUUGUGCAACUUGGACCAAAAUGGUCCAGGAUACUUCCAAACAUACACUUUCAACCACAACAAGCAAUCUAUUGUUAGGUUUUUGGACAACAAAUAUGAAAAUGGAAAAAUUGAGUUUAUUGGCUUGCCAGAGGACGACGACACAUCAAACGAUGAAGGGCUCCUCGGAGGUCUCGGAAGUAUGUUCAACUUCGGCAAAAAAGGAGGCGGUCCUGUCAAGAGUUUGCGUUCCGAGCCCAAGUCAGGAGACAAUUUUAUAUACCAGGCACCCGCUGAAAGAGCAAUGGGAAGGCCGCACGAAUUAGGCUGGUUGGAGAAACUUGAGACACCAGAAGAAAACUGGGUACGAUUGGGACAAGUUCCAGCAGGAAGAAUCAUCACUGAAGAAUAG